AUGAACGGCAAACCCAAGCCCAUGCCACUCGCCAUCGUCGGGCUCUCCUGCCGGCUCCCACGUGGCAUCCACACGCCGGAGGCCUUCUGGGAUUUCCUGACGGCGGCUGGUAGCGGGCGGCGCGGGAUGCCGAAGGAGCGAUUCGAUGCCGAUGCCUUCUACCACCCGAACCCAGAGCGGGCCGGCACGAUGAACGUCAAACACGGCUAUUUCCUGGAUGACGACCUUCGUUCCUUCGACGCUGCAUUUUUCAACGUCGCGGAAGAAGAAGCAAAGGCAAUGGACCCACAACAAUUGAUGCUGCUCGAGUGCACGUACGAAGCACUCGAGGAUGCUGGCAUGCCCAAGGAAAAAGUGGCGGGCGCCAACGUUGGUACGUUUAUGGCGAGUAGCUUGAGUGACUACAACAUAGAACAGAUGCGGGAUACAGCGUCAGAGCCGGUAUACGCGGCCAUCGGCGGGCAUAUGUGUAUGCUGAGCAAUCGGAUCUCGCAUCAUUUCGACCUGUGGGGGCCCAGCUACACGGUCGACACGGCCUGCUCGUCCAGCCUGCACGCGCUACACCUGGCAGCGCAAAGCCUGCAGCACGGCGAGUGCGAGGUUGCCAUCAUCGGGGCAUGUUGCUUGAAUCUUAGUCCCACGCGCUGGAUCCAGCUGUCAAAACUGGGGCUGAUUAAUCCGGACGGGCGUACCUUGGCUUUCGACCAUCGCGUCAGCUCGGGCUACGCACGCGGAGAGGGUGCGGCAUGCGCGAUCCUGAAGCCGCUCGACCGGGCGCUGGCCGACGACGACCGCAUCUACGCGACGGUGCUCGGGACGGGCAUCGGACACGGCGGGCGCGGGCCGAGCAUCACCUACCCCGGUUCGGCGGCGCAGAUGCGGCUGAUCCGCGAGGUGUACGCCCGCGCCGGCCUCGACCCGCGAGACGUGGCUUUCGUCGAAGCGCACGCUGCGGGCACGGCCGUCGGGGAUCCAAUCGAGGCCAGUGCCAUCGGCGGCGUCUUUGGGGCGAGGGACGGACCGCCGCUGUACAUAGGGUCGGUCAAGUCGAAUGUCGGGCACUUGGAGGCCGCCAGCGGGAUGGUGUCGCUGCUCAAGGCGGUCCUGAUGCUGGACAGACGCUUGAUUGUGCCCAAUGCCGACUUUGAGAAGCCAGCCGACAAUAUCGACACGUGCCGGUGGAACAUGGAGGUGCCCGUGGUGACGACGCCGUGGCCCGAAGGGCGGCACUACGUCAGUGUCAACAACUUCGGCUACGACGAGAGCGGCAGCCAGAGGAGGCUUUUCGUCCUGUCGGCAGGCGACGCAGCCGCCGCGAGCGCCGCCCGCGACCGCUUCUGCGCGCUCGCCGCCACAGCAUCAACGGCCGACGAACUGAGGCCGCCCAGGCUGGCCUUCGUCUUCACGGGCCAGGGCGCGCAAUGGGCGGGCAUGGGGCGGGCGCUCAUGGACGUCUAUCCCGUCUUCGCGUCGGCAAUGCACGCCGCCAGCGCCUGUCUGGACGCAUUGGGCGCGCCCUUCGCGCUGCUCGACGAGCUGCGUAAGCCCGAAUCUUGCUCGCGCAUCCACAACGCCGCCGUUGCGCAGCCGGCCGUCACGGCGCUGCAGAUGGCGCUGGUGGAGCUGCUGCGCUCGUGGGGAGUGCGGCCGGUCGCCGUCGUGGGCCACUCGAGCGGCGAGAUGGCGGCCGCCUUCGCCGCCGGCAUGCUCUCGCUGGACGCGGCCAUGCGGGCUGCCUACCAGCGCGGGCAGGCCGUGGCCGGGCUGAAGCGCCGCGGCGCCAUGGUGGCCGUCGCGGCGGGCGCCGCGCAGGUGCAGCCGCUGCUGGACGACGUCUCUGGCUGCGCCGUCGUCGCGUGCGAGAACUCGCCCAAGUCGGCCACCGUGUCGGGCGACGAGCGGGCAGUGGACGACUUCGUCGCCGCGGCCGAGGCGAGGGGCAUGCAGUACGCGGCGGCCAUUGACGGCAUCGAAGCGGCGGCGCCCGGGGUCGACUUCUUCUCGUCGAACUUCACGCAGCGGCCGGACGUGGUCACGCUGCCAAGGGACCUGGCCGGCCGCCUGUUUGAGCUCGGCCUGGUGACGGACCUGCCCCGCUACCCCCACCAUCUGCGGCCGCCGCUGCCGCGGCACGACCUGCUGGGCGUGCUGACGCCCUGCUCCGACCGCCGCACCCUCACGUGGCGCAACGUCUUCUCCCUGUCCGACUUCUCCUGGCUGCACGACCACCGCCUGCACGGCGCACCGACCAUCGACGACUUCGCCGGCGUUGGCGUGCGCAGCCUCCGCGUGCUUGCGCCGCUGACGGUGCAAGAAAGCGCCGUGCACGAAAUGUACCACUGCGUCGGCCUGGUGGCCACGACCCGGCGUUCCUCGGUCGGCCCGCACUCCGGCGCCGCCGACCCGGACACCCGGCCCGUGGAACUGGGCGCCUUCUACGACGCCCUGCGGCCCGCCCGCGGCCCUGCCUUCAGGAACAUCCGUGAGCUCCACGCGAGCCCGGCGACCGCCGACGCCGUCGUCGCCGAGCCCCUGCGCGCCGGAGCGGCCGCCGUCGCCGUGGAUUCGUUGCACGCCAGUUCUGGCAGCACUGUUCUCCUCCAGCUUCGCCGCCUGGCGCUUGCUGCGAUCCCGCCCGCCGCCAGCUCUGCCCGCUGCUACCGCAUGACCUGGCAACCGGUUCCAGAAACCGCUGCCGAUUCCUCGCCGCCGCCGCCGCCCGUCACAAUCGUCCACGGCGACGCCUCCAGCCUCGCCUUCGCUCACGCGGUCCAGGCUGCUCUCCUGCAGUUGCCCAACCCGCCUCCGUCGGUGACGUGCACCUCCUUCGCGGCGUUGGGCGACCCGUCCCGCCAGUUCUGCGUCGUCGUCUGCGACGCAGCCUCAGCCCCGCCCCUGCUGGCCAGCAUCCCCGACGAUGACGCGCUGGCGCAGGUGCGCUGCCUCUUGCUCGACGCUGCCGCCGUGCUGUGGGUGUCGAGCGCUGCGGCGCCCGAGAGCGGGCUGGUGACGGGGCUGGCGCGCACGCUGCGCUUCGAGGCGGCGGCGUGCGUCGCCACGCUGCACCUCGCCGCCGCCCAGGACAUGGCGCCGGCGGCCGUGCGCGUGGCCGACGUCGUUGGCAUCAUGGUGGCGGGGACGGCCGAGCGCGAGUUCGCCGACGCGGGCGGCCGCUUGUCUGUGCCGCGCGUGCUGGCCGACAAGCGCGUCAGCGCCAUCGUGGCGGGCAGGCGGCCGGCACUGAGAGACGUGUGCAUCACCGAAUCCAGCCGCCUGAAAGCAGCCGGCCGAGACGACGACGAGGAGCCGGCGUGGUGGUUCGAGGAAGACGGCGCCGUGGGCGCCCUCGCCGAUGGCGACAUGGAGAUCCGCGUGGCCGCCGCAACCCUGGAAGCCGGCCUCGAGAUGACGGCGUGCAGCGGAGUCGUGGUACGCCUGGGCGCUGCCGCCGCCGCCGGGCCCUUCGCCGUUGGAGACCGCGUGUGUGCCAUUGCGCGCGGGCCGCUCCGCACACGCGCCAGGUGCUGCUGCUCCGUUGCCGCAAAGCUGUCGCCAGACGUGCCCUUUUCCCUCGCCGCUACCAUCCCGUCGGCGUACUUGGCCGCCUACUUCGCGCUCAAAGACGUGGCGAGCCUGCGGCCGGCCGAGCGCGUCCUCGUGUUGGCGGCCACGGAUGCCGACGGCGAAACAGCCGUGGGCAUUGCAAAGAUGCUUGGAGCCGACGUCAUCCGCGCAUCGGGCAGCAGCGUCGAGGUCGAGGACGGCGUGCUGGAAGCCAGCCUGGCGCUGCAUGGUGGCAGCGUGGACGUGGUGCUCAACAUGUGCCCUGGCGCCGAGGUGCUGCGGCUGGCCGUCGAGGUGCUCGCCCCAGGUGGUCGGCUGGUGGAUCUGGGCCGGCACGGCGCAUCACCUCAGACGGCGCUGCUGGACUUCGCCGAGCUCGGCCGCCGCGCUGUGACUAUUGCUACUGUGGACCGCGUGCGUCUGCCUGCGCGCAUCCGGCCCGUCCUUGGUGCCGUCGUUGAACUGUUCAACACCGGCCGCAUCCGACGACCGGUGCAGCCAGCCGUUGUGCCGUUUUCGCAGCUAGCAAGCAUCCUUUCUUCAGGCCAACUGACAGUGGUAGAGCUUGAGGAUGGAGCCAAGGUGAAGUUUGAGCCGGGACCCGCCGCCCGUCGGCUUCGCCCAGACGGGUCCUACAUCAUCGUUGGUGGGACCGGCGGGCUCGGCCGCACAAUCGCGGCGUGGAUGGUCCGCCAGGGGGCGCGCCGCAUCGUGCUGCUGUCACGCAGCGGGCGCGUCGAUUCCAAGGUGCGGGACCUAUUGGAGUCCGCGAAGCCGGCGAGCAUAUCUGUCGAAGCCUGCGAUGUGUGUGAUGAAGACCAGUUGGUCCGCGUCCUGCGAGCAGCGGCGCCGGUUUACGGAGUCGUUCAUUCUGCCAUGGCACUGCGGGACACUCUCUUCGAAAAUAUGACCUUGUCUGACUACACCUCUGUCCUCCAUCCCAAAGUCGCCGGCGCCUGGGCCCUCCACCGCGCGCUUUCAACCGCCUCUCCCAACCCGCUGGAUUUCUUCAUCCUGCUCUCCUCGGCCUCGGGCAUCGUUGGCGUGCGCGGCCAAGCUGCCUAUGCCGCCGCAAGCACUUUCCUCGACGCAUUUGCCCGCCAUCUGCGGGCAGUGCACGGCGUGCCCGCCACCUCGCUCGACCUCGCUGCCGUCCGCGGCGUCGGCUACAUUGCCGAGAAUGCAGACACCAUUCGCACCCAAGACAUCCUGCGCAACAUCGGCCAUGCCGGCGAAAGCUUGGACGAGGCCGACGUGCUGGCCCUGGUUGCCGCCGCCGUUGCCGGCGCCAUGGACGUCGAUCUGCAGUGCAUCACCGGCCUGGGCAGCGGCGACGUCAUGGACCCUAAGUUCGCCAUGCUGCCACGCCGCCCUGUCCAGCCCGAGCCGUCAUCGGGUUUGCCUUCGCUCGCCGUAGUGCUGCGCCGGGCGCGCUCCGUGGAAGAGAUGUGGUUCUCGACAGCCUAA